CUGGAAAAUACUUGUUCCUGGUUCAGACCGGAAUCUUACCGAGAGGAUGUCCAGACAGGCGCAGCCAUCAAGGAUGAGAACGAGAAACGACACCUCUAUCGAAAUCUUGCCAGUGCAGCCGAGUCUGGAUGGGAUUUUUCUAUUCGAUGGUUUGCCGACAAUGCGAAUUUGGCCUCAAUUGAGACCACCAACAUUAUUCCGGUUGAUCUCAAUGCUUUUAUAUGCUAUAACCUUCACAUCCUAGGUAACCUUCAUAAUGUAGUUGGAAACGCACGCAAAAGCGCCACAUGGAUCUCCGAGUACAUCAAAUUUCGAGAUCAAUUUCAAAAAGUUUUCUGGGUUGAUAACGAGAAGGGAUGGUUCGAUUUCAAUCUCAGAACUAAACAACACAACACCGCUUUCUACGCUUCAAUAGCUGCACCACUUUUCACUCAAUGCUAUGAACCACUAAGUACAAGUAAAGCUGACGAUCUUUACAACAAAUUGGAAGAGACAGGCGUGUUUAGCUUCAGCGGAGGACUUCCGAUGAGUAUGCAAAAGCAAAGCACACAACAGUGGGACUUUCCCAAUGGCUGGCCUCCUCUUAAUCACAUGAUGAUCGAAGGAUUGCGAAAAUGUGAUGAUCCCAGAAUGCAACAAAAGGCCUACGUACUUGCUGAAAAAUGGAUACUUGCCAAUUAUAAAGUUUUCCAAGCAGAUAAAGCCAUGUGGGAAAAAUAUGAUGUUGUAGCUACAAAACCACGCAUAGGCGGUGGAGGAGAGUAUGAAGUUCAGUUAACUUAUUAUUUAUUUCAGCCCGGAUUCGGCUGGACAAAUGGUGUUGCACUUGAUUUGUUAAUCACCUAUGGCGAUCGGUUAAGCACAGUAAGUGCAACUACUGCAAGUCAAGAGCGAUCUUCCUCAGAAUCAAACAAAUGCUUUACAGCACUUCUCAUCAUUACGGUUAUUUCGAGCUUUAUGUAUUCACACAUUCUUUGA